AUGACGCUCGCGGAAGAGUUCAAGUCGAGGAAUUUCAGCAUAUACGGUCAAUGGACGGGCGUGCUCUGCGUAGUGCUAUGCUUCGCACUCGGCAUAGCGAACAUCUUCCACUUCAACCUCGUAAUCCUCUUCAGCGUCCUCUGCCUUAUCAGCGCCUUCGUCAUAAUCUUCAUCGAAAUCCCGCUCCUCCUCCGAAUCUGCCCAACAUCCCCCAAAUUCGACGCCUUCAUCCGCCGCUUCGAAACGAACUACAUGCGCGCCGCAAUCUACGGCGUCAUGUCCGUCAUCCAAUGGCUCUCGAUUAUCGCCAAGGCGACCAGCCUGAUUGCCGCCGCGGUCGUGCUGCUGUUCGCAGCGCUGUUUUAUGUCCUGGCGGGUGUCAAGGGACAAGAGUUUCAGAGCAGUAAGACGUUGGGUGGGCAGGGAGUUGCGCAGAUGAUUGUUUAG